AUGGCGGUGAUGGUGAUGGUGACAAUAGCGGUGAUGGUGACAGUGGUGGUGAUGGUGACAAUGGCGGUGAUGGUGAUGGUGACAAUGGUGAUGGUGACAGUGGUGGUGAUGGUGACAAUGGCGGUGAUGGAGGUUGUCCGUGUCCCCCCGGAGCUCCCCUGGGGCUCCCCGGGAGCCGCGCACCGUCGGUGCUGCGAGCAGAGCGUCCCUCCGCCGCAGAGCCUCUGGCUGGCGCUCUUGGUGCUCCCCUGCGAGCCCGAAUGUGAUCGUGUCCCUGGCUCAGAGGGGGCCAGCGGGGACGAGGAGCCCCGCCCAGCUGAGCCCCACUCGGCGGAGAGUCGCGGAGUCGCCGACAGCCUGCAGAGGUUCUCCUCACUGCCUGCCUACCUCCCUGCGAGCCUCCACGUCGCGGACGCAGACGAGUCCUUCUUCCUUAAAGAAGCCAACCAGGACGUCACCGGGAACUCCAGCCUGCGGGCCCGCGCGGAGCCGUUUUUCGUGUACCGGGCCCGGACGGCCCCGGCGGUCAAUGCCAGCUACGGCCCCUUCUCCACCGAGAAGACCGUCCCGCAGGAGCUGCUGCCGGCCUCCGCAGCCUUCGCGAGCGUGGGCAGGUUUCCCUUCAACUGGAAGCUGAAGUCCCAUGUGCUCGACAGCUCCAUCUACUCCAACAGACCCAAAGUGCAGACCCUGUUUUACGUCACCGGCAUGGACUGGGACGACAGCGACCCCGGGGAGAGCCUGCCCUGUGUCAAGAUGUUCGCCUUCCCGGAGGCCAGGGAGGUGGCGGCCAGCUGCCGCCUGCAAGGGGCCCCAGGGCUGUGCGUGGCCGAGCUGGAGCUGCUGCCCGAGUGGUUCAGCUCGGGGCUGGACCUGGAGCCGGAGGAGGAGAUCCCCGCCCUGCUCGGGGGCACGGCCAUGGAGCUGUUCUUCUCACUCUUCCCCGCAGACUCGGCCGGCCGCUGUCCCCUGGAGGAGGACGGCAAGUGGGCCAACAACAUCCACGCGGGCCCCGAGGGGCCGCCGCCUGCGCCGCCGGCCCGGGAGCGGAUCGGCAGCGUGGUGGUCUACCCGACCCAGGACGACCUCAAGUGGUCGCUGCUGAGCCUGGACGAGAACGUUGUCAUCUCUGUCCCCCUGAACCUCAUCCGCGAAGGGGGCGCGGCCACCUUCUUGGUGUCUCUGGCCGGCGGCUCCGUGGCGGACCACUUCACUCUCAGGAUCAAGGCGGCAGCCGGCGUGAAGGUCGUGGCGGUGAGGGUCAGCAGCGAAGACCACUGGGCCGUCCGGGAAGAAAUCGACAACGGUGGCGCUCAGACCACGGCCGCCCUCACCUGCGUGGGCCGGCACCUGGACCCGCAGAGCAGAGCGAACGGCUCCGUCUCCGAGAUCCUGCAAGUGGACUUCGGCGUGGACAACAGCAGCGAGCUGGCCGGGGCCCAGGCGAUCACGUGGCAGGUGGAGUACCCGGCGGCGGAGUCCAUGAGCGAGCUGGCCGUCUCCGAGAUCUUCGUCAGCCAGACCAGCUUUGUGGGCAUCGUCCCGCUGGCGAUGGACACGGAGAUGCUGAACACGGCCGUGCUCACUGGGAAGGUCGUCUCGGUCCCCGUCAAGGUCGUGGCCGUUCAGGAGGACGGCUCCGUGGUGGACGUGUCGGAGUCCCUGGAAUGCAAGUCUGCGGAUGAAGACGUCAUUAAGGUGUCUGACGGCUGCGACUCCGUGUUCGUGAACGGCAAGGAGAUGAGGGGCAGAGUGGGCACCACUGUGAGCUUCACCCACCAGCACUUCGCCGCGCAGCUGGAGGUCACCGUAUGGGCGCCCCGGCUGCCCCUGCAGAUCGAGGUCUCGGACACGGAGCUGAGCCAGGUCAAAGGCUGGCGGGUCCCCGUGGCCCCCAACAGGAGGCCCACGCGGGAGAGCGAGGAUGAGGAGGACGAGGAGCGGCGCGGCCGCGGGUGCGCCCUGCAGUACCAGCGUGCCGCGGUGCGUGUGCUAGCGCAGUUUGUGGCCGAGGCGCCGGGCGCGGGCCCACCCAGCUACCUGCUGGGCCCCGACUGGCAGCUCGACAUCACCGACCUUGUGGCGGAGUUCGUGACUGUGGAGGAGCCGAGGGUCGCCCAGCUGGAGGCCGGCCGGACCCUGGUGGGCCGGGAGCCGGGCAUCACCGCUGUGCAGGUCCUGUCGCCUCUCUCGGACUCCAUCCUGGCUGAGAAGACGGUCACCGUCCUGGAGGACCGCGUCACCGUCGCUGACCUGGGCGUGCAGCUCGUGGCCGGCUUGUCCCUCUCCCUGAGGCCUCACGGGGGGGACAGAAGGGCCAUCGUGUCCACAGUGACGGCCCAGGACGUCCUCCAGGCCCCGCAGCAGGAAGCCAUAAUCAGCUCCUGGAUUUUGUUCAGUGAUGGUUCGGCGACGCCCUUGGACAUCUACGACCCCGAGGACUUCUCUGUGUCGCUCUCCUCGCUGGACGAGAUGGUGGUGUCCGUCCGGGAGAGCCUUCCGCCCAAGUGGCCGGUCGUGGCUGCACAGGGCGAGGGCCAGGGGCCCCUGAUCAAGCUGGAGAUGAUGAUCAGCGAGCCCUGCCAGAAGACCAAGAGGAGGAGUGUGCUCGCCACGGGCAGGGGACACGUCAAGGUCAAGUUCGACCCAAACAUCGGCCGACACCACGGAGGCAGCAACGACAUCGAGGGCAUAAGUCGGGGCUCCAUGGACCCCCUCAGCAAUGCCAUCGCGCGCGAGGGACACCAGGGGAGGGCGGCGCCGGAGUGGCCGCCACGCGGCGCCGCCGUCAGCCCGGACGGAAGGACCAAUGGCAGCACUGCCCCACCGCCCCCUGGGGAGAGGAGGGACAAGGGGCUCCUCAGGAGCGGUGGGCCAGACGCCUUCACGAGCUUCCCCGCUCGGGGGGAGUCCCGGGAGCCCAAGCACCCGAGGGACCUCACCGUGGCCCCCCGGGGCCUGAGCGACCUGGAGAUCGGCAUGUACGCGCUGCUGGGCGUCUUCUGCCUGGCCAUCCUGGUCUUCCUCUCCAACUGCGUGGCCUUUGCCUGGAAGUACCGGCACAAGCGGCUCGCCGUGAGCGAGCAGGGCCCCGUCCCCCACUCCCACGACUGGGUUUGGCUCGGGAACGAGGCGGAGCUCCUGGAGAACCCCGUGGAUGUCUCGCUGCCAUCGGAGGAGUGCACGACCGUGAUCGACCGGGGGCUGCAGUUCGAGGAGAGGAACUUCCUCCUCAGCGGCGGCUCCCAGAAGGUCUUCCACAGCCACCUGCUCCGGCCGGCCGACUACGUCUACGAGAAGGAGAUGCAGAACGAGCCCGUCACGCCGUCGGGCCCCAAGCGGAAGAGGGUCAAAUUCACCUCCUACACCACCAUCCUGCCGGAGGACGGGGGCCCGUAUACCAACUCCAUCCUGUUCGACAGUGACGACAGCAUCAAGUGGGUCUGCCAGGACGUGGGGCUGGCGGGCUCGCCAGACUUCAGAGACUACAUGGGAAGCCUGCAGGAGCAGAUGUGAGCCGCUUUCCGACCUUCGUAUUCACCUUUAUGCCUUCUGUUUUCGCAGCGGUGGCGCGGCGAGCGUGGUUAGCAAUAGGGGUGGCGUGACAAGGCCUGGGUCGGGGGGCCCGGGGUCCCUGUCCUCGACCGGCUC